AUGGGCCAAAGGCACAACAGACGCCGCACUAGAAGACCUCGAUCCCGAAACCGCAACAGCAUCGACGUCGUCCCUCCAUUACCACCGACAAGCUUCCCAGACACCAAUUACCUCCCCGCUGCCGACUAUGACAUUUCACCUACUUUGUCUCCAAGCCUGUCUCCUGUUAGCACCUAUCGGGAAUGCAUACUAGAACCAUCCGCCCCGACCUGGCACAACCGGUUCAUAGCAUGGCAGGACCGUGAGCGCGAACAGCAGCAGGAAGCCCUCAUGAUUGAGGCUGAGCAGUGCCGUCUAUUUGGCGGCGAGCCUGGAGACGACGUGGGCCUCUGCUAUCGAAUGCUGGAAUACUUUGACCAGCUCGAUUACAUCGACACCAAUGAAGAUCACUGCCCAAUUGCCUUUCAGGCCCUAGGGGCGGUGUAUCGGAUUGGUCCAUUAAAGGCUCGCCAUUGUACUCUGGAAUAUCCUCCUUGCGCCACGAGGCGCUCUGCGAAACGCAGGACAGUCCGUGACGGGGUCAUUCAACGAGGCCCUCGGUACGACGAGAGAAGUCAGACUGCGGCUAUGCUCCUGGAUUCGAAACGGCUUUCGCUCAGUGGGUGGUGCUCGCGUCCGACAUUUGUGAUGUUGUUGAUGCUUGAGCUCUCCACGAGACAAGUCGGCUGUCCAGAAACUUUCCCAAGGGGUACCGGUCGUACCUACACAGGUUUGAACACGGGAUGGGGGGAUGUCGUGUCAUUUUGA